CAAAAAAAAAAAAUCACUCCCCCCACCCCAACGGUCGAUCAAAAAGGUUUUGCCCUAACUUCUUCUCACCCCUGCGGCCCUCUCUGCUACCGACCCCAGCCCGCAUCCCUUCCCCUUCCCCUCUUCCCUUCCGGCCGCUCGCCGCUCGCCGCUCGCCGAACGCCAUCGGAAGUCCCCGCGGAGCCACAUCGAAGAUCGGGUUCUUCACUCUUCAGAAAUCAGAACCCUCCUCGUCGCCUCUUCCGCUUCCGCUUCCGCUUCCGCGUCGGCCUCGUCCUUGCUGCGGCUUCUCGUUCCGUCGCGACCCUCUACUCUCCCUUCUCUGGGGAACCGGCCUGGCAGGUCCCAUUCCCGGCUCAUCACCAUCUCUCCUUUUGAAUAAUCCCUUGGCGCCCAACCUCCUUUAAAUCUUUUUAGACAAUUCCCGAAAUAUGGGUUUCGUUGAAUUGGAGCUGCCGUGCCGCAAGAACUCACCCUUGGUAGCUUCUGCCGACCCCGAUCCGCACUGGACUCUCGACGCUCUCCUCUCGGAGCUGAACUCCAUAGAGACUCAGCUGGGUGCUCGCUUUUCUGCUGCCCCUUCGCCCUUGAAGCAACCUGAGCGGGAGUUUUGCCAGAAAAAGGCAUUGGAUAGGAGCAACAAUAAGCCCUUUGUGAUGUGUGUGACGGAUGACGAUGUGGGGGACAGCGAAAGUGAUGAUGAAGAAAAGGACGAUCAGUCUUUGGUGCCGGCAACACGUUUUACCUGCAAUGAUCUUUGUUUGAGUGAAUUUGAAGAAUCUGAUGAUGAGUUGCUUAAUGAAGAUUUUCAACCCUGUCUGAUAGAAAAAAGACAUGUAGAGGAGGGAGUUCUAUUUGAACUUGAGAGUGAGCACCAACUCAAUGUUAAAGAGCAAGUCAGGAAUAAAAUAGCUGCAUUGGAGGUUUAUCACAAUAAUGAAAUUGAGAGAAUAGCUUCUGUCAUGGCUCGGCUUGAGAAAUUUGCAGAAGUAAGACGGGAGAUGGAUGGAAAACUAGACAAGCACUACCAAAGGAAAAUUGCGGAAGUGGUUGAUAAACACUUAUCAGCUGUCCAAAGGGACCAUGAACAAAGAUCCCAGAUUGUUGAGCGUAGAAUAAGAGAUGAUGCAGCUCUUGAAGAAGCUAAAAGGAAGGAGAAAGCUUUUCAUGAGGAAAAAUUGCAACAAGAAAGGGCAAAACAAGAAGCAGAGCAGGCGAGAGAGAAGUCCGCAAAAUUAGCUGAAGAAGCAAGAAUGGCAGCACUUGAGGCUGCAGCAAAGGAAGCUUCUGAGAAGGAAGCUGCUAGAUUGAGAGAGAAAGCUAUCUCAGAAGUUGACCAGAGGGGAGCUUUGGCAUUGAGUAAGCUGAGUAGCGUUGAAGAACGUGGAGAAAUAAAGCAUCAUAACUUACUGACUAAUGAAUUUCAUUCUGAUAAACAGAAGGGUGGUAAGUUAUCAGGCAUUAAGGUAUUUGCUGCUAAUGCAGCAUUAGAUGCAGAGAAGAAGAGGCUCACAUUAUCCAAUGAAGUGCCUGAUAAGGCCCAUCUUACAAAGGACUUUGGGAAAAUUGAGCGGCAGAUUGCUAAGUCUAUAAGUAAAUUGCUUCCCACAGUAGAUAACGUUAUCACUAGAGCACAAGAGCUGAUUAAUUACAUAAAUGCCCCUGAGUGCCCUCGUCCAAUCUCCUACUGUUUGUUUGCUAGUAAGGUUGUGUCCCUCUGUAGGGACAGAAAUACCAAAGACAAAACCUUCGAGAAAACUACUUUUGCUUGUGGCUAUGUCAUUCUUCGCAUCACAUCACAGAUCCCUGCUGCCAUGGAUUUUCUUCUGGCUGAGUUCCACAAAGUUUGCAUAUACACAGUCCCAAAGUACCUGCAUCCAUUAGAUCAAGCAUCACAAAGAAAGGACUAUUUUACAAUGAUUGGUUACCAUGAAGUAGAUGGGAAACUUGAGAGUGAUGAAGCUUACUUGACAUCUAUUGCGGCAUACAUGAAACUCUAUGCUGCGAUGAUUCAGACAGAGAUUAACGGCAUAAAAAAUCCCCAUGGCUUAAAAGAAGGAUGGAAAUGGCUUGCGAUGUUUCUGAAUCAUCUUCCUGCCAACACAUCCACUGCUUAUGCAUUGGAAGCUUUCCUAAAGAUGGCGGGCUUUGCACUCUACAAGAGAUAUGGAUGCCAGUUUUUGAAGAUUCUGAACGUCAUUUCACGCAGCUUUUUGCCUGCACUAAAGAAACAAGGAACUAAGGUCAGGGCUGAUCCCAUAAAAAAUCUUGAGCACUAUUUGGAUAAUAAAGUGUAUUUACAGGAACCUGAAGGACGACGCCUUGCUACCUCAUUGUUGUCGAGAGAAUUGGCUCUGUAAAACAGACGGGAUAUUUGUAUGUAACAUGCUUCCGUGCAGAACAUUGUGCCUUGAAUUAAGUGUAUUAUUAGUUCUCUAAGUCAUUGUUAAGCUGUAAUUUGUUACUUUGUUUUGUGUUUAUCAUGUAAGUUAAAUUGGAGAUUCUUACGACCCUUUUGUGCGAACAUCAAUUCGAAAUUGAGAUUGCAGUGAAUCGCCGAA